AUGGCCCAUAUGGAGCUGUCACUGGGCCCCAGUGACCAGGACCUUUUGGGUUUUCUCCUAAAAGAAAGUGGAGGUUUGGAGGUGGCGCCCGAGGAGGCUGUGGAGGCCCCGCUGGACUGGGAGCAGCCGUUCUCCGAGGUUCUGAGUGAGUGGGAGGUGGAGGAUCUCCUGAGUUCCCUGCUAAGUCCCCCACCAUCAUUGAACGCUCACAGCUCCUCCAGUCCCUGCCGUGUCCAUCACGAUCACAACUACUCCCUCCCACAGGAAUAUGUCUCCAUAGAUUUAGACAGUGGGAGCUUUGCGGGUGAGGAGGCCCAGAAGAUGUCACAGCAGGUGAAAGAGCCCGCAGAGCAGGAUAUGGAGAGGCUCCUACUGACAGAUGAGGAGAAGAAGCUGUUGGAGAAAGAGGGGCUUACUCUUCCCAGAACACUUCCUCUCACUAAGAAGGAGGAACAAGCUCUAAAGCGAGUGCGGAGGAAGAUUAGAAACAAAAAGUCUGCUCAAGAGAGUCGUAGGAAGAAGAAGGUGUAUGUGGGAGGCUUAGAGAGCAGGAUCUCGAAAUACACAGCCCAGAAUCUGGAGUUACAGAACAAAGUACAGCUCCUGGAAGAACAGAAUCUAUCCCUUCUGGAUCAGCUGAGGAAACUUCAGGCCCUGGUGAUUCAGAUAUCAAACAAAACUAGCAGCAGCAGCACCUGUGUCCUGGUCCUGCUCUUUUCCUUCUGUCUCUUCCUUUUACCUGCAAUGUAUUCCUCCAACAUAAAGGGGACCCUGCCCGCUGAGAACAGAGUGUUGUCCCGGCAACUUCGGUCAAUUCCCAGAGAGGACCCUCACGAGCUGGAGCUGCUUGUCCUGCAGUCAGAGGUACCAAAGGACAGUACAGACCAGUUGCUGGACAACUCAGAUCAUUUUCUCCAGGCCCCUGGCAAUUCUUGCUGCUUCUUGUACCAUAUGCCUCAGACUCCUAGUACAGAUCCUCCACUGAAGCAGACCCUGUCUGACCCCUUCUCAUUGUAUUCCUCUUUAAGACCCACCAUUCCUCUGCAUGUGAAUCUUACAAGACAGCAGGGAUGGCUCCCUACCCACAACCUCUCAUCUGUCAUAUUGCAGGUCAGGCACUCAGGCUAA